AAGUCAUUUAAAAACUAGAGAAUAUAUCAAAUAUGUCUGGUCAAUAUCCUGGUGGUUAUAACAAUCCCUUGGCGGGUCAUCGUGGCCAAUUUAAUCCACAGCAACAGCAGCAGAUAAUGAAUCAAAUGCAAAUGGGUUCAGCCGGAGGUGCCGGUAUGAUGGUUGGAGCCGGAGGUGGUCCUGGUGGUGGCAUGAUGUCUAUGGGAGGAGGUGGUGGCGGUGGUUAUGGUCAGGGUGGUAUGUUGCCCCAGCAAGGAAAUCCCAUGCAACAGGGAAUGCAAAGCAUGGCGGGCUCAGUUGGUGGAGGUAUGGGACCUGGUGUUAUGAAUCCUGUAGGUAUGCAGUCUCCAUCGCAUGUGCAACAGCAAUUAAUGCAGCAGCAACAACAACAAAUGCAACAGCAGCAGCAAAUGGGUCCGAUGGGACCACAAAUGGGCAUGAGUAUGGGAGGACAUGUUGGUAUGGGCGGCGGAAGUGGCACCGGUGGUGUCAAUCCUCAAGUGGGUAAUAUAAUGCCUCAGCAACAACAAAUGCCACCGCAAAUGCAACAAAAUGUAGGCAUGCAACAAGCUCAUCAAAUGCAAACCGGAGCUAGCGGACCAAAUAUGGGAGCAAUGUUGGCUCAGCAGCAACAACAAUCUAUGCAACAAUCUCAACAAAGUCCUGCUGCCCAACAACAACAGUCAUCCAUGCAGCCAUCACAACAAAUGCCUCAGACAAGCGGUAUGCAACAACAGCAGCAGCCUCAAUCAUCAUCUAACAACGUAUUGUCUAUACCCCAACAACCCCACAAAGAGAUCAAUAUUGUAACUUUGUCACGAGUUGGUCAAGAAACUGUACAAGACAUUACCUCUAGAUUUCAAGAAAUAUUUACGGCUCUGAAAGUCAUACAGCCUACAUCCAGUCGGGAUAAUGGUACAGUGAAAAAGGUUCAGGAACAUUUUCGAACGAUUCGUUUACUAUUCAAGCGCAUGCGAUUGAUCUAUGAGCGUUGCAGUGAUGGUUAUCCACAGGGUAUGGAGUACACACAUGUUGAAAGUUUAAUACCAUAUAAAGAUGAAACGGAGCAUCGUAAUUUAGAGGGCACACAAUGUGAGGAGUACCGCAAAGCUUUGCAGGAAAAUCAAGAACUUAUCGACACAGUCAAAUUGAAAAAUCGCCAGCUAAGAGAAAUUAUUGAUCGCACACGUAUUAUUGUUUGGGAAAUAAACACUAUGCUUAGCAUGAGGAGAUCUUGAAAAAUAUUAUAGGGGAAAUAUUUGUAACAUAGAUAAUUAAGU